AUGGUAUCGAUCAACUUCACAUUAAUUCUUCGAGGCGUAUACGCCUUUGCGGGGCUUUUUGUCUUUUUGACUGGACUGAUCCACUUGUGUGUGAGUGGAUGGAAGGGAUGGUCUGUUCAUGGAGUGCAGUCUAAUGCAAGUGUGGUAUGUGGGUUCAUAGCUAUUCUGUUGAUGAUCAAUGGUAUUUAUAUGAUCUUAUCACCAUUUGUUAUGUACAUUCCAGUAGCCAAAGACUACGCUAACUUCUGGAAUUUAUACACUUCUGUCGCUUGGCUGAUAAUCACGGGUAUAGUCACUCUUUUCUUUACCGGCUUUUUCGGUCUUACAACAUCUAUCAUCUGUUGGUUGGUCUCAAUCUUUGCUAUUGUGUUGUCUGUUCUUUCUUGCUUAAGACCAGAUACUCAAGAGAGAGACAAUGACAAAGAUGACGAAAAAGACCCGUACAACGUUUAA